GACACGCGCGGGCGGCGAGAGCUGGCUGCCGGGCUGCGGCGCGAGCGGCACCGGGACCGCAGGCCCCCGCGCCCGUCCGUGGGGCCGCGGGCGAGACGCCGGGCUGGGCAGCGCGGUGGGGGACGGCCCCGCGGCCGGGCAGCCGCAGGCGCGGGGGGCAGCAGCACCGCGGCCCCGGCACCGCUCCCGGCAGCGACGAGCCCAGCAAGCGCCUCUCCGUGCCGCAGGGCCCUCCCAUGGACUCCAGCAAGAAGGUGGAUCUGAAGAUCAUCAUCAUAGGAGCCCUGGGCGUGGGCAAGACCUCCCUCCUGCACCAGUACGUGCACAAGACCUUCUACGAGGACUACCGCACCACGCUGGGCGCCAGCAUCCUCACCAAAGUCAUCGCCGUGGACAACACCCCCCUGAAGCUGCAGAUCUGGGACACGGGGGGCCAGGAGCGGUUCCGGUCCAUGGUGUCGACCUUCUACAAAGGCUCGGACGGCUGCAUGCUGGCCUUCGACGUGACCGACCGGGAGUCCUUCGAGUCCCUGGAGAACUGGAGAGAUGACUUCCUGGAGAAGGUCAUCCCCAGGGAGCAAGGCUUCCCCAUGGUCGUGCUGGGCAACAAGAUAGACAUCUGCGAGCGGCAGGUGCCCGAGGAGAUCGCCUCUGCCUGGUGCAAGGAAAAAGACAUCCCAUACUUCGAGGUCAGCGCCAAGAACGACAUCAACGUGGCCCAGGCGUUCGAGACCCUGGCGAAGCAGGCCUUAACCACGUAUAAAGGGAUUUUUGAGAGUUAUUUAACAGACUCCAUCAAGCUCACGCCCGACGACAAGCCCAAGAAGAGCUGCUGCUGAGCCCGGAGAGGCGGCCGAGCGGCACCGGGACCACGAUCCCGCCGGCUGCCCGGCCCCGGGGGGCACCGUGCCAUGGGAUGCCGCUCCCCACGCCGGGGCGACCCGAGCAUCCCGGCUCCUGCUGCUUCCCCGCUGCCCCGAGCGGCUCCGGGGGCCUCUCCGGCCGCCGGGCUCCCACCCCGCGCGGAGCAGGUGCCGCAGUGACGGUGCUGGGGGAGCCGGCGCGGGGCCGGGGCUUUGCCGGAGGCCGCGGUCGUGGUGCUGCUGCCUCUCCGGCGCAGGCCUCCCCGCGCCUGGCCGAGCGGCACCGUCCCGUGCCUCAGUUUCCCUCGCGCACCCGCACCCCACCGUGCAGCACGCACCACUUCCCACCUCACCGGGGAGGACUUGCAGUAAAGCACUUUGUCAGGGAUACUCUUUUUUAAAAAAAAAAGAAAAAAAAAAGUAAUAAUAAAUCAUUUUUAUACAUA